UGCUGAGAACCAGACGGAUUCAUUGCGCUCAGCGAUCAGUUUCAAAAGCGGUCGAGGCUUGCGAUGACUAUGCAGCCAGAAGAUACGGAUUUAUUCGAAAAAACUGAUGCGCUUCAUUUAGGUAAAAGCUAAACCUAGCGCUACAUAAUGACAAGUCCAUUGUUAGUGGUUGAGGGGGGCAACAUCAAUGAUGAGCUUGUGGAGAAUGAAAGUCUUACGUCUGACAGUGACCAGCAAGACAACCGGCCACCACAAGAUAGCAUCAUCACUAACACAAGAGCUGUGAUGCAAGGUCUUGAGCAAUUAAAGAAUGAGCACAACUCAAUUCUUCACAGUUUGCUAGCCACACUGAACGCAAUUCGAAGAGAGAAAGAUGAUGACGUGAACUUGGUGGAAGAAAAGUCAAAUAUUAUUAAGAAGUCGCUGGAAAUGAUUGAGCUUGGUCUGGGUGAAGCAGAAAUGAUGGUUUCACUGUCAUGUCACCUCAACACUUUGGAGUCGGAAAAGCAGAGAGCAAAAGCACUGAUUCGAAGACUAUGUCAAGAGAACGCCUGGUUAAGAGAUGAGCUGGCCAACACACAGAACAAACUGCAAAUGUCAGAGCAGAAGGUGGUGCAGUUGGAGGAGGAGAAGAAUCAUUUGGAAUUCCUAAAAUCAAUAAGAAAAUUUGAUGAGGAUCUGCCGGAUCAGGGAUCGACAAAUCCAUCUAAAGACGCAAGCAGCAUCGAAGAUUUGUUCGGUUCUGGUAAUCCAGGUGAUGGCUCAACUGCUGAUGGAAGUGUCCAGUCUUCAUCACUGAAUCAGAUAAACUCAAAUUCUGUGGCAAGCGGUGGUUAUGAAAUACCUGCACGUCUGCGUACUUUGCAUAACUUGGUUAUACAAUAUGCAAGCCAAGGUCGGUAUGAGGUGGCUGUACCUUUGUGCAAGCAAGCUUUGGAAGAUUUAGAGAAGACUUCGGGCCAUGACCAUCCUGAUGUUGCAACUAUGCUCAACAUCCUUGCUCUUGUAUACAGAGAUCAAAAUAAGUUCAAGGAGGCUGGUAACUUGCUCAAUGAUGCUUUGGCAAUUCGAGAGAAGACUUUGGGUCCCGAUCAUCCUGCAGUUGCUGCUACACUCAACAACUUGGCAGUAUUGUAUGGCAAGCGUGGAAAGUACAAGGAAGCUGAACCACUCUGCAAACGAGCACUUGAGAUAAGAGAAAAGGUGCUGGGUAGAGAUCACCCUGAUGUCGCUAAACAAUUAAACAACCUUGCCCUGCUCUGCCAGAAUCAAAGUAAAUAUGAAGAAGUGGAGAAAUACUACCAGCGGGCACUGCAGAUAUACGAAAAUAACCUAGGACCUGAUGAUCCAAAUGUAGCAAAGACGAAGAACAAUCUUGCUUCUGCAUACAUGAAGCAAGGGAAGUUCAAGCAAGCUGAAACCCUCUACAAGCAAGUAUUAACACAAGCACAUGAAAAAGAUUUUGGCAGCAUCGAUGAGAAAAACAAGCCAAUCUGGAUGCAUGCUGAAGAAAGAGAAGCAUCUGUUUACACCGGGCAAAACAAGGACAGCGCUCCUUAUGGUGAAUAUGGUGGUUGGUAUAAAGCAGCUAAGGUUGACAGCCCAACUGUUACAACCACAUUAAAAAAUCUUGGGGCGUUGUAUCGACGACAAGGAAAGUAUGAAGCUGCUCAAACCCUGGAAAACUGUGCUUCAAGAUCAAGCCGACAGCCAUCACAAUCUGGUAGAGCAACCCCGACUGGUGACCGCAGUAAAGAUAAGGCUCAAUUCUCAAAGAACAAAGAUGGUGAGGAAGUGAAAGUAGAAUGGAGUGGUGAUGGCAGUGGAACCCUUCGAAGAAGCGGGUCUUUUAAUCGACUGAGAGCCUCAUUAAAAAGAAGCAGUGCAAAGUUGGUGAGCAAGUUUACUGGUGCCCCAGAUGCAGAUAACCCGAUGGUACAAGCUCCAACUGCCAACUCCAACAUGAAGCGCGCAACUUCUUUGGGGGUCCUCAAUUCGAAGUUUGAUGGUGUGCACCAAGCACAGGUACGACACCCAUCUCAACACUUGAGUAAGCAUGCAGAAGCACCUUGAAUUUCAAUCAUUGCAAAAAAGCCUCUAUUUAUUACAUAUUCAUAAUUUCAUAUCAAUGCAUGAUCAGCUUUACUUGUAUUUUUAUUUGUUGGAGAUAUAUUUUUGUUAUUCUUAGCUUAUAAUAUCAAACUUAAAAUACGCCUACAGUACCGCAGUAUUGAAUCAAUAUAUUGUACUGUGUUAACUCACAGUACAGUCACUGUGGUCCUGGAAAUGGGAAAUUGUUCUUUGUUUUAUUGAUCUCCUGUAAGUACUAAAGUGUAAACCAAUGGCUAUGCACUUCUGUCAUGCCACUAAAUGUUUGGAAAGUAUUAUGGUGUUCCAAGCUUCAAUUUGCUCUGGUUUAAAUUCAUGCAUUAUUCGAAGUAGGUGCUUCAUUUCAUGAACAGUAGUAAAAUACUAAAUCUAAACCAAUCCAAUUCAAGAUCAAAUCUAUUUUGGUGCUGCUAUUUCACUUGUAGCUUUCAAUAUCUGUCUCUAGGAAAAUAUGUUGUGAAUUACAAUCCAUGCUUUUGUAGUAGGUGGUAGAUAAAGCUGCCAGUUGUAUUGUAAUUGCCUUAAAACUGUGUUGUUCCUUGAAAUACUACAACCAACCACUCCUAUUUUCCCAAUUACCUGCAUUGAUAUACUGAUUAUUACUAAUGACAAUUCCUUAUUAAUUACAGACAUUUGAAUUUAACGGUGUCAGCUUAAACUUAUUUUUUUGCAAACUAUAAAUUCCAUAGCAUGUUGUAAGAUGAUUGUAAAUGCUUUGUAAGACUUGUGUAGGGUUUGCAACAGGUUUACUCAUACUCCAAAGCUUCACUGUUUCAUUGUUGUGUGUCGUAUUUAAUGUAGGAUGUAAGUUCCAAUUCUGUCAUAAUAAAUGUGUUAAAACUACGA